UUUAAUGUGGUCAUAAUUUCAGGUCAUCAGCAUGAAGAAAACUGUCUUUUUUCCUGGGAGAGUCAAAGUGUCCUUCAGGAAAGGCCCUUCAGGCCAUUUACGGCAGGACCCAUCAGAAGAAGCAAAAAGAAUUAAAGACAACUCUUCACUGCAGGACAAGUCUACACCUCAAAGAGAAGAUCUGGUCAAGAUGAAUGCCCGUUCUGUUGUGUUAUAUAGAGGAGGGGAUGUCUCUGACAAACAAGAGGUGUUGGGAGAGUAUAUUCUUCAGUUCGGCAAGUACAAGGGCAAGUCUUUCAGGUGGUUAUUAGAAAAUGAUGUCGGCUAUGCUUUGUACCUGUCCAAUAAAGUUGAAGAAGAAGAACAGGCUGGGCAGUUCAACCCAGAGGGUCCUUGCAAGGAUAGCCUUGUUUCCUUUCUUGAAUACUCAAGAAGCUUUAAGGAAAUUGAAGAUCUUAAACAGUAUCUGUCUCAAAGGCCAGAUCCAGUGCCAGUUUUGGUAGAGGACAACAAUACUGUUGGAUUUGGAUCAAGAGCAAAAGACACUUGGAGGAAAAUUUGGGAUACCAGGGCAGACGGAUAUGCUUUUUUUAUAAUGAGGCAGAAGUGUGUUCCAGGCAGCAAAAUGUACAACUUGCAGCAGUAUCUUUUGAAACAGCACCAAAAACAGCUUCCCAAAAACACUCCUCCGUUGCCCUCACCAUCAGCUUCCACUGCAAGACCACCUGCUCCUUGUACUACUGCCUCUGAUCAGCCUGUAAUGGAGGAGGAUAAAGAACUAGAGAAGAUGAUGCUGAGUCUUUCUCCAACAAAAUAUCUCACACAGCUGACAUCAUCUGCAGCAACGGGAUCCACAGUCUUAUCUACAACAGGUCUGCCGCAGGUGUGUAGGCCUUCUUCACAUGGCGAAGGCUCUAUACCAGCCUCAGCAGCACAAUCAAAACCUGCACCAAUGCCGUCUGCACGGACCAAAACCCCUGUUCACAGCUACUUGAACAAAAAAAUUCUGCCACAGGCUUCACCAACAUCACAUGCAAUCUCUAGUUCUCCCAGUCCACCUCCUCCUGUGUGUGGGUCUUCUUUACAGACUGAUGGCUCUGUACCACCUCCCGCACAAUCAGCACCUACAGCUCCUGCAUCAAUGCCAUCUGCACAUAUAGUAGCACCUGUUACCAGCUACUUGCAAGAUAUUAGCCGCUGGAACUGCUCUCUUCAUCAAAGAAUUUGGAUGAAAACAGAGAUGGAGUCCAUGGGGCUCUGGCCAGGAUCACACCCAGUAAGACACCUCAUGAAUAUGGUCUCCUUGUGGCGUUAUCCACCUCAGCCCGAGCUUAUAGAGACAAACAUGGGCCUUCCGUCACCAACAUACUUUCAGCUUCAUCCCUUUUUCAUUUGGAAACCAGAACACAGUUUAAUGGAAAGGCUUAGAAACAACUACAUUCUGCCCUGUCUCUACAGCUGUCCAUAUCCUCAUGUUGUGUCCUCUGGUGUGGGAAGACCCAGAGUGAUCCUUGGCACUAGUGGGCAAUAUUACAUCCUUGCUUCACGUCUGUGCUGUAAGGCAUGCAAAAAAUACUGGUUCGCUGAUAAACCUCAGUGGAUAGACAUGCUACCUCAGCGAUUCAGAAACAUCUUGCCAGCCUUCCUCACCCAUAAGAAGGCAAUCUGUAAAACGGUGAUGGAUGAACUGAGGCGCUCUGGAAAAUCUCCUAAUGACAUGGCCAACCAGCUGUCUGAGGCGCUUCACCUAAAAUAUGAAAGAGCCCACCUUGCUUACCUUCUCGGUGUACAGAACGUCAGGGAUGCUGAAGCAGGGCAGUAUGGUCAGAAAACCAUCACUGGGGCAUUGAGGAAGGAUGACACACCUGCACCGUUUGGGGGUUACGAAGACACUGAUGGGUGGCAUGGGGUGUCUGUGUCUGCGCAUUAUCUGGUGGAGUGCUUGCUUCAGGAAUAUCAGCGACAAGAGGAAGCUCUCACUCAGCUCCUGCAAGGCACUUUUGGACAGGUGUUCAGGUCAGAUCACACACGGAAAGUUGCUAGAAAAGUAACUCUCUCAUCAGGCACAAUGUCAUCCUAUGCUGUGAUGAACGAAAACUGGAUGAUCCUGUCCUGGGUGAUGCUGCAGUCUGAGAGUGAGCAGUCCUUAGGGUCAAUGUACUGUGGGCUGGCCAAUCGCUACAGUGCUGCUGGUAUACCCAAGGCCAAGUACCAGUGGGUGGACAGGGACUGCUGUUCCGCUUUUAGAGUGAUGGACCCAGGACCGUAUGAGCACCAGCAGUGGGAAGCUUGGAGGACCACUGAAGCUAUUGUGGCAGAGGUUACAUCAGGGAACCUCAAGAAUUUGCAUGGCGCUUGCCAGAAGUACAAUGAGGACAUGGUGGUUAAACUGGACUUGUUUCACUGUAUGCGGCGCUUUACAAGGGAGUGUGUUUCGGAGCAUCAUCCUCUGUAUAGCUCCUUUUGCCAAUUCCUCUCCUCUGCCUUCUCUGUAGUAGAUUCUGUGGUAUUGAGCCUUGUAAUCCCACCAAACAGCACAUCAGAGGGCACUGCAGAACAAAAGUGCCACAUCCAAGAGAGCUGGUCCAAAGAGUGGAAGAAAGGCUGCCUGAGUGACCCUGAGGUGGAAGAAGGAAUUCUCUACAGACAUGGUGGAACCUUACAACUGAAUCAUGUCAAAGGUGAAGGAGCUGCUGUGCCCAUCUGGAUCCCGGUUAGGGGCACUUCACAGCAGGAGGGGUUUCACUUCCACCAGGCUCAGUGGGUAACAGGCAAUCGCGUCUCUCCUGAGCUCUUCCAGGCACAGGGUAUGACUGGUGUGGCACGCUGGAAUUAUCAACGGCUGGUGGACCUAAAGCAGCCUGGGAUUGUCUUACCUGGAGUGUUUGACCCUGUUUUGAUGAUUGAGUUAAACAGGGCAUCUAUAAGAGUGACAGGACAGCCCAAAUAUCCAGCCUUGCACAUCUCCAGCAGUGACACAGGAGAGAGGUUUGGCCUACAAUAUGUGGAGCCAGGAUGUCGACCUGUGCCUCUUGAUUUUGACAAACACAAAAGCAGGAAGACAGACCUAGGAGAUGUGGAGAUGCAAGAAGAGUCUUCCUCUGGCUUUGAGCUCUCAUUUCCAUCUCAGGAAUGCUUAGAGGAUUCUUCUUCUGCUCAGACCCCUCUUGCUGCAGAACCAGAGGACACCCCACAGACUGUCGUGUUUCAUGGGUUUUCCACUCAGAGUGCUGUGACAGUGAAGGAACAAACAUCUGAGGAGUUUCUUUUAGAUGCAGAACUGCCAAGCACAUCACCACUGCCUAUAGCUGCUUCUCCCUGUGCUGCUCGUACUGGACCCAUUAAGACGGGUGGUCGAGUUUUUGUGUUGGACCAUAACAGAUGGACAGAUCCAAUGAGAAAUGCCAUUGAUGGUUUGCUGGCUAAACAUCAUGGGAGCAAGGACCUCCUUACAAAGGUGGAUGCUGAAUAUGCUGCUAUGGUACUGAGUGCCUGCACUGACCCCAACAGCCUUCUGCACUCAACCACAAAGCAGCAUAUAAGCAGGUACAUAAAACACCUUGCUAAAAAAAAGAACACUAAUGCUUCUCUCAACACCAGCCCCGAAAAGCUCCUGGAGACUCAGCAGUUAUGGCAGCGUCUUCACUCAGGCAGUGAAACCAUCAGUGUCCCAGUGACAGUACUGCCAUCUGUCCCAGUCAAUCCACCCGCAAAGAGUGUUCCUGAGGCUGUCUCUCUGGACCAGGCUGCACUUGAGAAGAUGGUGAAAGACAUUGUAGAGAAGCAGCAGGCAGUUCAGCAGCAGCAACAACAGCAUACGGCACAAAAAAAGCAGACUAGAUGCUGCUUAGCCUGUGGUCAGCCUAAGUCUCGAUACAUGGGUGAUGGCACCUCAAUACAUUUCUUUUAUCAAGGUGGUGAUGUUAAAUACUUUUACUGCUCCAAAAAAGUAUUUUACUCAUAUUCAGCAGAGGGCCUGACCAACCCCAGAAUGCCUUUUGAGGACUUUGCAGAGACUCCUUUUUUUCAGCGUGAACUGGAGGCCUCUAAGCAGAGAGGGGCAGAAAUGAAGAGGGUGAUUGAGGAGAGAAGCAAGAGGAAGUCAGUAGUGGAGCAUCCUACUGGUCGUCUGUGCAGAUUCUGCCACCUUCCACUGAAACAAGGACCCAACAGUCCUCAUGUUCACACUGGUUUCCCUGGAGUGGCAGGCAAAUACAUUUACUGUCCUUCUAAAGUGUUUUCUCUUUAUAAGGCUCAGGGAAUGAGUGCAGAAAUGGCAUGGAGAGACUUUCAGCAGUCUCCAUUCUAUGAGGCUGAGAAGCAGAGGUGGAUUGAGGAAAAGAAAAAAUGA